AGCGAGCGAGGCGACAAUGGCUUUGGUCAAACGUAGCCGCUGCCACCAUAAUACCAAACUGGGAGAUCCCCACGUUUGAAGCUUUCGUUGAAGCUCCUUCCUCCCUUCCCCAACAACUCUCCUCCAUAUAUAUGACGAGGGUUUUGAAGCCCCAUCGCCGCAGUUUUGUUGUCGCAGACCACCGCUCCGAUGGCAGCUUCCACCGGCUUCGCAGCCUCUCUUGCGCUGUCGACGCCGGAGCCGGAGUCCGUUUGCCGCCUUCUCCAUCGCCGCGCCUCCCUUCCUUAUCGCGUCCAUGUCUUCCACAAGCUCUCGACGAGAGCAUCCUUGUUCAGAUGCGAGGCUGCUUCCGACGAUUCGGCUCGCGGUAGCGGUAAGAUCGUCGGAUCCAAGGGCUUAAGCGUUUCGCCUCUCGAGAUGUUGAAGACAUCGGCCGCCAACAGAUAUACAAAGGAAAAGAGCGGCAUUAUUGUUAUAGGAAUCAAUAUUCACACAGCACCAGUUGAAAUACGUGAAAAACUUUCCAUUCCAGAAGCGCAAUGGCCUCAAGCAAUCAGUGAGCUAUCUGCUUUGAAUCAUAUAGAAGAAGCUGCUGUUCUUAGCACUUGUAACAGAAUGGAGAUAUACGUGGUGGCUCUGUCACAGCAUCGUGGGGUUAAAGAAGUAACUGAAUGGAUGUCUAAGAUCAGUGGAGUUCCUGUCCCGGAGCUUUGUCAGCACCGGUUUUUGCUAUACAACAAAGAUGCCACAAAGCACCUGUUUGAAGUAUCAUCUGGGCUUGAUUCUGUUGUCAUAGGGGAAGGUCAAAUUCUAGCUCAGGUAAAACAAGUAGUGAAAUCUGGACAGGGAAUACCUGGUUUUGGUAGGAAAAUUAGUGGCCUGUUCAAACAUGGAAUCACCGUGGGGAAGCGGGUAAGAACUGAAACUAAUAUAUCCACGGGGUCUGUCUCUGUAAGCUCUGCUGCUGUAGAUCUUGUCCUUAUGAAGUUCCCAAAAGUAUCUUACGCCAACACCAGAGUAUUGGUUGUUGGAGCAGGCAAGAUGGGGAAACUCGUGAUCAAACACUUGGUUGCCAAAAGGUGCACAAAAAUAGUGGUUGUCAACAGAACUGAGGAUAGGGUCGCUGCCAUCUGUGAGGACUUUAAGGAUGUAGAAAUUAUCUACAAACCUCUUUCAGAAUUGCUGGCAUGUGCUGCUGAAGCUGAUGUUGUUUUCACUAGUACCGCUUCUGACCAGCCUUUGUUCUUGAAAGAGCAUGUUCGGACACUGCCCCCUGCGAGCUGCCAAAUUGGAGGACGGAGACUGUUUGUUGAUAUAUCUGUUCCUAGAAAUGUGGGAUCAUGUGUCUCGACUCUAGAAGGUGCAUGCCUUUUCAAUGUGGAUGAUCUCAGGGAAGUUGUGGCAGCUAACAAGGAGGACCGGCUACGGAAAGCAAUGGAGGCUCAGGCAAUUAUAAUGGAGGAAGUGAAACAAUUUGAAGCUUGGAAGGAUUCCCUUGAAACUGUUCCAACAAUCAAGAAACUCAGGGCAUAUGCUGAACGAAUCAGGGCUGCGGAGCUAGAAAGGUGUUUGCCCAAGAUAGGUGAUGACAUCCCAAAAAAGAAAAAGCAAGCUCUUUACGAUCUUAGUAUGGGUAUUGUGAACAAACUCCUUCAUGGCCCAAUGCAGCAUCUUAGAUGCGAUGGCAGUGACAACGGCUCUCUGAAUGAGAUACUUGAGAAUAUGCAUGCCCUUAACAGAAUCUUCGAGCUUGAUUCAGAGACAUCUGUCUUGGAGCAGAAAAUUCGAUCCAAAAUCGAACAGACACAAAAGUAACCUCUUCAAAGAGGUUGACAAUUAUCCCCAAUUUGAAGAGUGAGCUCUCUAACCAUAUUUUUGUCAUUCGGAUGAAAUGAUGUGCAGAUUUGUUUGGCCUCUCAUUGAGGCUUUAGCUUGACUUUGGGCUGUAUUAUAGAUUUGGAAUACUAGGUGAAACUGUUGGGAUGGACUGCAUGUGGUAGGAAUUUAAAUUUCUAUGGUAGACUCAUUGGCAAUUAGGGAAUGAAAACCCCAAUAUUUAACAAUUUUUUCAUACUGUUGAUGAGUGGCGCCAGCCGAACUAUAACUCCUUGUACUUAAUCACUUUCAUUAAUACGAGAUUCAUGUUGGAUUUA